AUGGCCAACAAGGCACUCGUCUACAGGGAGAUCCCCAAGGGAUACCCUAUCCCCGGCCAGCAUCUGACCGUCGAAUCCGCCACUUAUGACGCCAAUAUUGCCGCUCCCGCCGACGGUGUCGUUAUCCAGUCCCUCUACGCCAGCUUCGAUCCUUACAUGCGCGGCCGCAUGCGCCCCGCCGAGGUCAAGUCUUACGCCCCGGCUUUCCAGUUGAACAAGCCCAUCGAGAGCGCCAGCAUUGCCAAGGUCGUUCGUUCAAACACUGGCUCGUACAAUGAGGGCGACGUCGUGAUUGGCCAUGUGCCAAUCCAGGAGUACGUUUCGCUCGAUGGCCAGAAUCUGCAGCGAAUCCGCAAGCUGGAGAACCCACUGGGAAUCGAGGAUAUCCGCGUCUUCCUUGGCGCCCUCGGUAUGUCUGGUUUGACCGCGUACUCCUCUUUGUACGCGAUCGGUAAGCCCAAGAAGGGCGAGACCAUCUUCGUCUCCGCUGCUAGCGGUGCCGUCGGCCAGACCGUCGGCCAGAUCGCCAAGCACGAAGGUCUGCGCGUGAUCGGUUCCGUCGGCUCCGAUGAGAAGCUCGACUUCAUCAUCAAGGAGCUUGGCUUUGACGGAGGCUUCAACUACAAGAAAAUGAAGCCCGCAGAUGCACUGGCCCGCCUGGCCCCUGAGGGUGUUGAUAUUUACUAUGAAAAUGUUGGCGGUGAGCACCUCGAGGCUGCCCUGGACGCGAUGAAGAACUUCGGCCGUGUCGUUGUCUGUGGCCUUAUCUCGCAGUACAACUCUGCUCCCUACCCCAUCAAGAACCUCUACAACGUCCUAGCCAAGCGUAUCACGAUGCGCGGCUUCAUAGUCAGUGACCCCGAUAUCGGCCCUAUCUACACCAAGGAGCACCAGGAGCGUGUGCAGAAAUGGAUCAAAGAGGGCUCGUUCAAGACGCUUAUCCAUGAGACUGAGGGCAUUGACAACUCACCAGAGGGCCUGGUCGGUAUCUUCCAUGGCAAGAACAAGGGCAAGGCCAUGCUGAAGUUCUAA